AGGAGCAACUUCAACUCGGUCUAAUCUUUUUCUAUCUGGAUUAUGGUGGAUUUGGAGACAUCGAAAUAUCAUGUGUAUUGGGAAUGAAACAUUAUCUUCAACUUUUCUUUGCUGCAAUAUUCAUGCUCUAACUGAAGAAAUCAGGUCAGCCUAUGAUGUCAGCGCAUCAACACCUUCUUUGGACAGAUACAUUCGAUGGAAUAACAAUAAUCAUCAUUGUACUAUUUUGAACGUUGACGGUAGCUGUAAUGGAGCGCCCAUCCAAACUGGUUUCGGUGGUACACUUAGAACACAUGCAGGACGCUUCAUUUCUGGUUUUUCAGGGCGCAUUCACCACUCCAAAGACAUCCUUUUUGCGGAGCUCACAGCUCUCUAUCAAGGUUUGCUUCUAGCAACCAAUCUUAAUUACAACGAGUUGGCAUGCUACUCAGAUUCUAUGCUUACGGUUAAUCUCAUCAACGAUGAAUUGAACCCAUAUCAUGUCUAUGCUGUGCUCAUUCAGAACAUCAAAGACCUCAUUAGUGCACGUAAUUUCUCUCUUCAUCAUUCACUAAGAGAAGGAAACCAGUGUGCAGAUUUCAUGGCCAAGAUCGGAGCUUCCAAUGAUGUUGAUUUGCUAAUUCACUCCCACCCUCCAGACGGGCUCUACCCUUUGUUGCAGUCGGAUGAAUUAGGAACGCUCUUUUUGAGGUGUUAGUUUUUCUUUUUUUCUAGUUUUGUCUCUUCUUUUUAUU